CGUAACCACUGUAUUAGCUCUCCACCUCCAUCAUCGUCUAAAUUCGCUUCUUUCCCUCUCUCUCCCUGAACAGCAAAAUGGGUAAAGAUCGAAACGGCAGCGUUUCAGAGAGACGAAGCAGGAGCUCGGAGAAAGAGGAGAGACGAAGCAGAAGCUCCGAGAAAGAGGAAGAAACCGAAAGAAAAUCCGAGAAAGCGCGAGAAAUUUCGGAUUCCGAGACCGACGAAGACAGGAAGCGAAGUAAAUCCAGGAGAAAAGCGCGGGAAAGCUCGGAGUCCAGCGAUGAAAAGCACGUGAAAAGAAGGAGGAGGAGUUCGCGGAGGCGGUACAGUAGCGAGGAGGAUACGGAUUCGGAGUCCGAGUUGGAAUCGGAGGAGAGCGGCUCGGAUUCGGAGUCGGAGAGUGAUAGUGGUAGCGAGAGCGACGGCGACAGGAGACGGAAGAGGAGGAAAAUGAGAGAGAAAGAUGAUGAUAGAGAAAGGAAGAGGAGGAAGAGAGAGAAGGAGAAGGAGAAGGAGAGGAAGAGGAGGAGGAGAGAGAAAGAGGAAGAGAGGAAGAAGAAGAAGGAGAAGAGAAAGAAGAAGAGGAAGGAAAAGAAGGAGAAAGGAAAGGUAGGAGCGGUAACGAAUUCGUGGGGGAAGUAUGGGAUCAUUAGAGAAACUGACAUGUGGAACAAACGACCAGAGUUUACAGCAUGGUUACAGGAAGUAAAACAGGUGAACCUGGAACAUCUGGCAAAUUGGGAAGAGAAGCAAAUGUUCAAACAGUUCAUGGAAGAUCACAAUACAGCUACCUUCCCUUCGAAAAAGUACUACAGCCUUGAUAAUUAUUACAGGAAUAAGAUGGAAAAGGAAAUUAAAAGAGGUUUUAAGAAGGUUGCGCCAACAGAACGUAUUGUAUUCAACGAUGAGGAACAGAAAAGACAAGAAAUGAUGCGAGUGCGUGAAAAGCAAAAGGAAGAAGAAGUAGAGGCUCUGAAGCGCUCUAUGCAGAGUGGACUGGCACAAGCAAUGAAAGAACAAGCUCAACUCCGAGAAGAGAUGGCUUACCAGUACAAGAUUGGAAACAUGGAGGCUGCCGCUGCUAUUCAGAGAAGGUUGGACCCUGAUGCUGCUGUGUGAAAAAGGGCUGUAAAAGACUCGGAUCCAAACUUGGUGCAAGUUCGAGCUGUUUCAAGCCGAUUUACAGCCUUAUAUGUAACAUACUUGGAAUUUGAGGAGUCGACAGAUGAGCAUGAAUUUGAAAGAUAAUUUAACUUCAAAUUUUCAUUUUUUUAA